UAUUGGAAUUUCGGAAUACAUCAGAGAGUGGAUUUUAAAGAUUAGAGAACAGAGGAUGUGUUUAUACAAAAUGAUAACUCGUAGAGUCUUAUAUCUAAUUCCGUGCAAUUAUUUCUUCUGGAAUUGUAGUGAAAACGUGCAAAACAUAAACAUAAUAACGUACUACAAUAACAAUACGAUGUGACCGCACUAUAAAUACUGAACAAAAGAAGUGCAAAUGUAAAUUCGUGAAAAACAGUACUGUUGUAGCUAUCUUGUCUCAAAGACUUGAGGAUUUAACAUGAUAAUAAAAUUAUGUCGGUGUCCUCGUUAGAUGGAAUUAACAACAACACUUCAAGAGAGCAAGAGUCUAGCGGUCCAUUUCAAAUAUCCGAAUAUGUUCAGGUUAUGAUCAUCGUGAUGUAUACAAUUGUCAUAUUAAUUGCAAUUGGUGGCAACAGUAUUGUCUGCUAUUUGGUUUACGCCUACAAAAGAAUGCAGACUGUACCAAACUAUUUCAUUGUCAACCUUGCCAUUAGCGAUAUUAUCAUGGCCUUAUUCUGCAUUCCGUUCACAUUCAUCGCCAACUUGAUUUUGAACUACUGGCCGUUUGGAGAAGCACUCUGUCCAGCGGUUUUAUACAUUCAAACCGUUGCAGUGUUUCUUAGCUCAUACACUCUAGUGGCAAUGAGCAUAGAUAGAUAUAUUGUGAUAGUACACCCAUUUAAAUCCCGAAUAUCUGUGAGACAAACGGCGCUUACCAUCUUCGCCAUAUGGGUGGUGUCAUUUACUAUCCCAUUACCCACCUUUAUCAAAUCAAGAGUCAUAUACCAUUCCAACACCAGCGGUCAAUGUCGGGAAGAAUGGGGAAACAAUACAGAACAGUACACAUACGGUCUUUCUCUAAUGAUUCUACACUACUUUGCACCUCUUGCGCUACUGCUGUUCUCAUAUUUAAGAAUCGGAUACACUAUAUGGAGAAUGAACAUUCAUGGCACGGACAAGAAUAAAAGAAAACUCCAGUUGGCAAAAGCAAAGAAGAAGAUGAUUAAAAUGAUGGUUACAGUGGUCAUUUUCUUCGCCUUAUGCUGGCUCCCUUUUCAUAUAAUUACAUUGAUUGGCGAUAUCAAUCCGACAAUUUACAACAACAAUUAUGUGCCCAUUCUUUGGCUGUGCUUUCAUUGGUUGUCUAUGAGUAACAGUUGCUACAAUCCAAUGAUUUACUUAUGGAUGAGCCCGAAGUUUCGAACUGGGUUAAAACUGGCCAUGAGCAGUUGCCACCUUCGAAGGAAAUCGAAUACACCUUUAGAUGAUGAUAUCCAUGAACAGAUCCAUGUGCUUUUUCCAAGACUAAGACUAGAAAUUCAGAUCGAGGAAAGUGUCAUGAAAAAUACAAGACCGCAACGAGGACAUAUUUUAUUUGCGGAUGUAAAGUCAAAUGACCUGAUGAUACCACGCAGUAUUCAUAGUGACACGUAACAUGAAUCAGUACAGAUUGAUAUAUUAUAAUAUAUUUCAUAUAUUGUUCACAUGUAUCGUAUAUUUUUAUGUUACAUCAUUUUAUAUCUAUACUUUUCAUUCCCUGGAAAACGCUUAUAACGAAUAUGAAUUUGUGCAAUUCCCUACAAUAGUUUAAUGUCUGGUGUCACUUGCACCCUAUUCUUAUAUAAUUUUAUAAGUACGAUAUGAACAGAAUAGAGAUUGGAGAUGUGCCGAGAAAUGUAAUCAUUUUCUCAUCAAACAGAAGAACUUCGUGGUGCUUUGUUUGUUUGUUUAUAGUUUAUAUAUUAAUAACUUGUGUACGAACCAAAUCCCAUCAAGCUCUUUUGAUUGUCGAUUAUGAUUAAAGCAUAGAUAUGA